AAACAAUGCAAGUGAUGUGGACUUGGAGAACGCACGACCGUACUCAGAAGUGCCUGGGCCAAGCAAAUUCGAGUUGAUACGUUUAUUUAUGCCUGGAGACUCGCGUAGGCUAGAAAGUGAACAAAAGCAGCGCAGACAUUAGCAGACACAUAUUGGCAAUGUUUAUUAAAUAUUCCACACAGAAUUUUAUAAAUGCGCAGACUGAUCGCGAGCGACUACCAAGAGCUUAUUCAUUGUGCCAAAGUUUGUGGAGCGGUGAACACAUCCAUAUUAGUGGACGACUUCUACUUGUAUUCUUCUAAAUUUCGAACUUUGGCAUUUUCGUUGUGCGUGGCAUAAUAAAUUAAUGAAUCGAAGCAGUAAUCAACGGCAAACAUGUUAUCGAGGCAUUUAAAGCAAAUUGAUCACAUCGGUUGGCGUCAUUUGCGCGUUUCAAGGGUACGAACUUUUGCAGCGCAAGUAGAGUCUAAGCAAAACAAUGCAAGUGAUGUGGACUUGGAGAACGCACGGCCGUACUCAGAAGUGCCUGGGCCAAGCAAAUUCGAGUUGAUACGUUUAUUUAUGCCUGGAGGUUUAUUUUCUAAAAAACCAUUUUUUACUGCCAUUCGGGAAAUGGAAAAGACAUAUGGACAGAUUUUUCGGUUUCCCGGCAUAUUUGACAAACCCGAAUUUGUAAUCAACUUAAACCCCUCCGAUUAUUCCAUUAUUUUUCGUAAUGAAGGAUUAUGGCCCGAUCGCCGCGUUUUCGAAACUACAGUUUAUCAUCGUCAAAACCAUCGGCCCGAAUUGUUUCAGGGGGUCGAGGGUAUUAUAUCCACCUCUGGCGAAAAAUGGGCGAAAAUGCGUACGGCUGUGAAUCCGAUACUCAUGCAACCGAAAAAUGCCAAGCUGUACUUGAAUACGCUAUUGGAUAUUAAUGAUGAGUUCCUAGAAAGAAUACGGCACAUACGCGAUCCCAGCACCUUGGAAGUGCCCGGUGGUUUCCUCGAUGAUAUUAAUCGCCUCGCUUUUGAGGGCAUAGCAGGCAUUGCGCUGAAUACACGACUCGGUUUAAUACACAAAAAUCGUGAUACGGCCGAGUGUGAAACGAUCAUGAAGUGCGUACGCAAUUUCUUUGUACUCUCCGAAGAGCUAGAGAUUAAACCUUCCAUAUGGAAAUAUGUGAAAACACCGAAAUUUUAUGAAAUGAUGAAGACUCUGGACACAAUGACGGACAUCUGCAAUAAGUACAUUAACGAAGCGCUGAUGCGCAUUGAGCACGACAGUGAGGGCAACCUCACAUCGGAGCUGGGCAAAGAGAAGAGCGUGUUGGAGAAAUUAGUGCGCGUGGAUAAGAAAUUCGCCGUGGUAAUGGCGUUGGAUAUGAUGUUAGCUGGUAUUGAUACGACCAGCUCCACUUUGACCGGCCUAUUGCUAUGCAUUGCCAAGAAUCCUGAUAAACAACAGAAGCUAUUUGAGGAAAUUCAGCAAAUACUGCCGGAAAAGGAAUCGCAGCUGACGACUCAAAAUAUGCAAAAUCUGCCUUACCUGCGUGCCUGCAUCAAAGAAGGCAUACGCUGCUAUCCCAUAUUACCGGGUACGGUGCGUCGUUUGCCCAACGAUGUAGUGCUGAGCGGCUAUCGUAUACCUGCGGGUACCGACAUCUCCAUCGGCGCCAACCUGUUGAUGCAUGAUGAACGCUAUGUGCCACAGCCGGAUAAAUUCAUACCGGAACGUUGGCUGCGUAACGAUCAAUCCUCCCAAACUUUGGAGGGGCAAAUUACCAAUCCAUUUUUGUAUGUACCCUUCGGCUUUGGUCCACGUAGUUGCGUGGGCAAGCGUGUAGUCAAUUUGGAGCUAGAAAUCACUUUGGCACGUUUGGUGCGAAAUUUCCAAAUUGAAUUUAAUUAUCCGACCGAAAAUGCAUUCGCUAUGAAGUUCAUGAGCGUGCCGCAAAUACCGCUCAAAUUCAAGUUCAUCGAGAGAGGGACGUAGUGUUAGACAUAAAAUUCGUGAGAUCUAGUUAUAAGUUCCAUAUGUAUAUGUGUGUUAUUAUAACAUAUUAAGCCCUGAUAAACAUUACUUCACCUGAUAAACAUUACUUAACAAAGGUUCAAGUAUACCUAUUUGAAUUCACCAAAAUUUUGAUAUAAAUAUAAAAUCUUAAAAAAUA